GCAUUUGCAGCCGGCUGUCCAACUUUUGUUUGUCUCACAGCUGGCACGGCAGCUUGCUAAGCAGCUGGAUUGCGAAAGGGGCUGCUGCCAGCCUCCACUUUUUGAGGUGUUCAAUGCCAGGAGCAAUCUUUGAAAAAGACCUUUUGCAAGUGGCUUCCGCAGAGGAGGAGUCUGAGAAGGACACGAGGCAACUCUCACUUGGUACGACGGCUACGGGGGUUGAUAAGUCUGACGAGGGGGAGGAUAUCAAUAAGGUGGAUGAUCAUUCGGACGGAGAUGGUGUUGCCCAGGCAUCCGCGCAGAAAGGAUUGCUCAAUGCUGACUCUGAGGAUGAUUUAGAGGUGCCGACAUCGGGCUAUCAGGCGAAAGAACAGAAGAUCAAUGUUCCUUUGACAACGAUGUUCAUGUCAGAGAGAAGGCAUGACACCACAACGCUUCGUUCUGGCCACUUGUCUCCCCCAAUUUAG